AUGGCAUCACCACUACCUCUUCCAGCAGGCACAAACGUGUCAGAAGCUUCCCUUCUCACAGCCGGCCAAAUUCAGGCUCUCAUCGUAACGGAACGAGUCAACGCAGUCGCUUCCAUACUCUCUAUCAUUUUCGUCGUGGCAACAUACCUCUUUCUCCCAGGCUUCAACAAACCUAUCAAUCGUCUCAUUUUCUUCGCCAGUUUCGGAAACCUAGGGUCUGCCGUGGCCGCUUUAAUAUCAGAAAACGGUCCUUUGGCCGGCGAGAGUUCUGCACUAUGCAAAAUUCAGGCGUUCCUUGUCCAAAUGUUUCUGGGGGUUGAUUGUUAUUGGACAUUGUGUAUGGCUGUGAAUGUCUAUCUGGUAUUCUUCAGGGGAUACACGAUCGAUCAACUGCGGUCUCUUGAUUUGGCGUAUCUUUUGAUAUGCUAUGGGUUAUCGUUCAUUCCGGCCUUUGUGUUUAUCUUCAUAAACACUAACGCCCGAGGACCGAUUUAUGGACCAGCUGUUAUUUGGUGUUGGAUCAACAUCGAAUGGGAUUUUAUGCGGUUUCUUUUUUUGUAUGCCAUUGUUUGGGUCGCCAUAAUACUCGCAAUGGCCAUCUACGGCGCCGCAGCAAAACUCAUCUGGGACAAACGCGAACUCCUUGACGGCUUCUUGAACCCUCUGAAUGAAAACCCAUUCAUCAACACCGUCACUACCGAAGUGACAAUCACUACUGAAGAACGUCCCAUUGUUGAGAAUAGCAAAUACAACCAUGAGACAGUCCGAACGGUUGAGGAAUCUGCAACCCCAGGUGUUGAUAACCCGUAUUCGGUGAAUAUCCAAGUCAAUCAACAGACCAACAUUAUUCGACCAUUCUCAUCGGCUUUGAGGAUGAGGAGUCUCACGCGACAGAUUGCGAAACAUGAGACGAAUGCCGAGGCAUGGCUAUAUGCUCGUGCUGCGUUUUUGUUCUUUAUUGCGUUGCUGAUUACUUGGAUCCCCAGCAGCGCCAACAGAAUCUACGCCAGCAUGUACCCAGACGCCACAAACUUCGGCCUCAACUACGCCGCCUCCUUCGUCUUCCCUCUCCAAGCCUUCUGGAACACAAUCGUCUACAUAAUCACCUCUCAAUCCGCAUGCCGCGACCUUUUCCGCUUUUCAUCUUCAUCAUCACCCUCCAUCAGCCGCAAAUCAGCACCCUCGCCAUCCCCAUCACAAGUCAAACUUACGCAACAACUACAGAAUCACAUCGGCCGACCGCGCAGAUCAGACUCGAAUGAGCAGAUGGAAAUAUCGAGUUCGGCAGAUUCGGUGUCGAAGGUCCUUGAUGAGCAGGAGUUACAGACGCUGGAGAGGUCGAGGUGGAGCAAUGAGUCGACGGAUAGGAGGAGGUUGGGCAGGUAG